AUGGAAUCGAAUUCGAAUAAACAAGAUGGUAAUUCACAAAGUAUCUAUCCAUCGUAUCAAGGAAUGUCUUCACCUUAUUCGUCACAUCCUCAGCAACUCACUAAUGCAACUGGUUAUGAGAAAUCAGGUGUAUUAUAUACUUCACAAACACCAUUAUAUCAACAAAAUGGUAUUGCUACUAUGCCUACCUAUCAAACAGUUUGGAAAAAUAAAUUACCAACAGCAAUAACAACUAAUUUAAGAAUGUUUUUAUUUAUUUCUGGUUUUAUCUAUUCCUUUUGGGGCAUAUCAAUGACUAGUGUUCAAGUUGCUAUUGUUAUCAAUACUUUUUCAACAUCUUAUUAUGGAUUUUAUUUAGGUGCUUUUCUGAUAAUUACAGGAAUUGUUAUGAUGGUUGUUGCAUUUCGAUCAUAUUAUCCAUUAAUUCAUCUUAAACGAAUAUAUAAUAUUAAUCUGUGUGUUUGUUUACUUGGACUAAUUUUUUCUAUUACGGAUUAUACAAGAUCAACUCGAUGCAGUUCUUCAACUUCUUCAUCGUAUUGUGAUGAUACUUUAGCAAGUCAUUUAAAAAUCAUUCUUGUAAUUACAUAUGUACUCGGUUUUAUUCAUACAAUAAUCAAUACGAGCUUCAUUUCCAAAGAACAUCAACAAACAGUAUUGAAAGCCAAUUCAGACGUUGCAAACUAUUAG